AUGAAUUCAGCCGACGGCGAACCUCGUGUGUCUUACUUGGAGACUUUCCGGCCUGGAUAUCCCAGAUAUUCAGCGUUAUUGAGCACACACGCAUCAUUUCAGAAGUUCCGUCGAUUCACAGAAGUGCGGAUGCGACUUCUGUUGCUAAAACAAGACGAAAUAUCUGUUCUCGAGCAAGCGCUGAGCCGUGCCGAUGCCGAUGAACCCCAUGGGCUAUUUUUAGGUUGCGCUCGUCGUGACCAGAAUUCUACUCGCAAAAAAAUUCUGGACGAGCUGAGAACGCAUCUCGCCGAAUAUGAUACCAUGUUGCAGCAGACCCAAUGGGUCCAGUCCCUGUCUGACUCCAGUGCAAGGGAUAUUCAAAGUCUGCAGAAUUGGGUGCAAGGAACCGGCUGUAUCGCGCGAGAAGAAAGGAAGUACCUGGAUCAUGACCAAGACCUGGCGAGUUUGGUGACGCCCCCUGAUAUUGCCGUCGAGCGUACAUUGCCUUUGUUGGAAGACUUUCUAUGCUUUCUUCAACGGACAAGUCGAAGACUCUCAUUCUCUCCGGCGACAAGAAAGAAUCACUACAUUACAGAGGACGAAAAUAUUUUCAUUGUCGGUCCUUGGAUACGCCGCGUCAGCCAAGCUAUUGCAACAUGGAUGGCCACACUCGCUCUUCUGACUCCGAUUAUUAUUCUCUUUGUUACAACAAGUCCAGUCGCGCGGCUAGUCACUAUCAUUGUCGCCGCUGGGGUAUCCCUAACAACCAUGUCCCUGUUCACCGGAGCAAAAACCAUGGAAAUAUUCAUUGCCGGGGCGGGGUAAGCAAGUCCAAGCACAAGGAGACCGUACAAGGAGCUAAUGCAUAUACCAUUGCACAGCUAUGCAGCGGUUCUCGUUGUGUUUACAUCGGCUAGCAACACGUUGUUUUCCACACAGGAGUGUUCUUGUCCCUAAGCUUUUAUUGCAUGAGAUGGUAAAACGAGGCAAAACCGGCCGGACAGAGUGGUAGACCAGCGGCCGACUUGAUGUCGAGCUAUUUGAAGUUAUUAUGAUCAUGGCCCCUCUAGUCCUAGAGGUACUCAAUCUUCCGCGGAGAUGACGAGAAUAUGAUAUGGCACGCCACCUGUGCAGAUGAAUUCAUUUGAACAGCCUCUCAUGAGCUCUCUUACAU